AUCGUGCUUCAUGAGAUGCACCACGCUAUGGGUGGACUUCAUGAACAACAGAGAAACAGAAGGAAAUAUUUCGUUAAGAUCAACUGGGAAAACAUUGAGAGUAACUACAACGACCAGUAUGCUCUCAGUCAAAACACAAGGAACAGCGAAGUCUACGACUAUCAAUCGAUUUUACAAUACCACUUGACCGCAUUCUCGUCAAACUCAAAAGCAACAAUGGUAAUUCCUGACCAGGACCUGGAAUAUCUGAUUUCCAACAGUAAAUACACGUUCUCGUUCUACGACAUUGCAGAGGUCAAUCAAGUGUACAGCUGCCCAUCAGCUACCUGCAGUCUAUCCUGUCAGAAUCACGGGUUCAGAAAGCAGGCGGUAGACCAGGCCACGUGUAGCUGUCAUUGUCCUACAGGACUAAAGGGAACAACCUGUGAACAACUAGACACCGACUCAGGAUGCGGCAGCAUCAUUAAUCUUUCAAAUGGCGGAUCUGACGAAAUUAAGGUGACAUCGUACACUUCCGGAAAACUAUGCACAUGGCUUGUGAAGGCUGAAGCAAAUUCAAUUAUUAAAGCCACCGUGACCUCGGUAGACCUGCCAUUCAGCUCACAAAACGAGUGUCAACAUUGGUUGGAAUUCCGUGAUUAUCUUAUCGGAGACCCUGGAAAAGAGCUUUGUGGGAAAUCUACCACGGCAAAAACGUACACCCAAGCAAACAUUGGGGAAUCUUCUCCUUUCAUGAUCAGAUUCAAUAGUAAGAAUGACGUAACAUCCGGGACAGGGUUUACCAUUAGAGUAGAAGCCAUGCAAUCAGGUUGCAUGAGUUCUCCGUGUAAGACGGGUUCCUUGUGUACCGAAGGAAGCGGGGACGGAUCUUAUACGUGUACCUGUCAAAACGGACUGUCUGGAACCAACUGUGACGAAUUCAGAGCCCCGGCCAACAAUGAAUGCGAUCUGGAGGAGGAUUUUGGGACGUGUAUUUUUGACCAGGAUACCUCGUCUGACUCUGAUUUCCGGUGGAGCUUUAAUACGAGACUUUGUGACUGGAGAGGAUGUGGUAAUGGCGUCUUAACACGUGGUACCAGUUACCAAUACCUUACACUUACACCGUAUUAUGAUAGUGUUUCAUGGGGCUAUGGUUCAAAAGCCAUCAUCAAAACAGCUGCAAAAUUCACAGCUGUUGACCGAUGUCUGUCCUUUGACUAUGCCAUUGGGAAUUAUAAUGAAGGUAGCUAUCUGACUCAGCUGAACGUUUACGUGGAAGGGACUGGAAAGUCAAAAACAAACGUCAAGAAUAUCCAGACUACAACGAAUUAUGAGUGGAUAAGCGAAAGUGUAUCCAUUGAGGCCGUAGAAAAUCUAGUGAUCAGCAUAGAGGGUAUUAUAGGCCCCCAGUUAAUAGGAGUAGACAGUAUUGCACUUCGGCCUGGUUUGUGUACCAACACCCCUUGUAAUCCUAACCCAUGUCAAAAUGGCGGAUCUUGUGACGAAUCCAACCCGCCAGCGGGAUCUAAGUAUGUAUGUACUUGUCCCACAGGUUUCUCCGGGGAUAGAUGUGAGACUUCGACUGAUUUCUGUGCUAAUUCUCCAUGUAAAAAUGGCGGAACGUGCACUUCCGGAUCUACCACGUACUCAUGCCAAUGUCCUACGGGUUUUACUGGAAACACAUGUGAUACUUCGACAGAUUUCUGUGCUAAUUCUCCAUGUAAAAAUGGUGGAACAUGCACUUCCGGAUCUUCCACAUACUCAUGCCAAUGUCCCACGGGUUUUACUGGAAAUACAUGUGAAACUUCGAUAGAUUUCUGUGCUAAUUCUCCAUGUAAAAAUGGUGCAACAUGCACUUCCGGGUCUUCCACAUAUUCAUGCCAAUGUUCUUCGGGCUUUACUGGAAACACAUGUGAAACUUCGACAGAUUUCUGUGCUAAUUCUCCGUGUAAAAAUGGUGGAACAUGUACUUCCGGAUCUACAACAUACUCAUGUCAAUGUCCUACGGGUUUUACUGGAAACACAUGUGAAACUUCGAUAGAUUUCUGUGCUAAUUCUCCAUGUAAAAAUGGUGCAACAUGCACUUCCGGAUCUACCACAUACUCAUGCCAAUGUCCUUUGGGUUUUACUGGAAACACAUGUGAAACUUCGACAGAUUUCUGUGCUAAUUCUCCGUGUAAAAAUGGUGGAACAUGUACUUCCGGAUCUACAACAUACUCAUGUCAAUGUCCUACGGGUUUUACUGGAAACACAUGUGAAACUUUGACAGAUUUCUGUGCUAACUCUCCAUGUAAAAAUGGCGCAACAUGCACUUCCGGAUCUACUACAUACAUAUGCCAAUGUCCUACGGGUUUUACUGGAAACACUUGUGAAACUUCGACAGACUUCUGUACUAAUUCUCCAUGUAAAAAUGGUGGAACAUGCACUUCCGGAUCUUCCACAUACUCAUGCCAAUGUCCUACCGGUUUUACUGGAAACACAUGUGAAACUUCGAUUGAUUUCUGUGCUAAUUCUCCAUGUAAAAAUGGCGGAACAUGCACUUCCGGAUCUUCCACAUAUUCAUGCCAAUGUCCUACGGGUUUUACUGGAAAUACAUGUGAAACUUCGACAAAUUUCUGUGCUAAUUCUCCAUGUAAAAAUGGUGGAACAUGCACUUCCGGAUCUUUCACAUACUCAUGCCAAUGUCCUACCGGUUUUACUGGAAACACAUGUGAAACUUCGACAGAUUUCUGUUCGAAUUCUCCAUGUAAAAAUGGUGGAACAUGCACUUCCGGAUCUACAACAUACUCAUGCCAAUGCUCUACGGGUUUUACUGGAAAUACAUGUGAAGAUACGAUUGACAAUGGAAAUGCAACUUCAUGUGCCGACAACCCUUGUCAGAACGGUGGGACAUGUGUAGAAACCCCAAGUGGAUCCCUUUCCUAUAGUUGUACUUGCCCAUCAGGAUUUCCUGGCUUAAAUUGUGAAGGUCGCUCUUGUCGAUUUGAAUUGGAGAAUGACCCAGCUUGUUUCCUAGAUACCCAUGAUUCCUCUUCGUACUGGUUUAGAAGACAGGGACCGACGCCUUCUAGUGGAACUGGCCCAUCAAGCGCCUAUGAAGGAGAGUUUUAUUUUUAUUUUGAAGCCACACGUCGAAGACGUUGGGGUAGUUACUACUUUUUUGACAAUGGAGUCUUUUUCGAAGAUACAACCCACUGCUUGAGUCUGUAUUAUCUCAUGAGGGGGAGACAUAUAGGUUCCUUUUCCAUUUACACAUACAAGUACGAAAACGGAUAUCAAGAAGAGUUUUCUGUAAGAGGAUCACAAGGAAACCAAUGGCAUAAAUUGGAGCUUAAUAUUCAUCUGGAUCCAGACACAUUCAUUGUUAUGGAGGCCGUCAGAGGAAGAACAUUCAGGAGUGAUAUAGCAAUAGAUGACGUCAUUCUUAUGCCUUACCCGUGUCCAACAGGGAACUAA